CGGUUUCCUGCUGCGGUGAGAAGAGCGGCGUCGAGACAGACUGGGAAAACUCAACACCACGACCACCUCCAACAAAAUUCUACUGUACAAUGAAACUGUUAGCAGUAUCUCCCUCUCUGGAUAUCCGCUUCGUCACGGUUAUACUGCUGGUGAUGGGCCUCUCAACUCCUGGACUAACAGAAAUCACCAGUUUGGACUCGGGCAACAUUGAUGACGUCCUAAAUAAUGCUGGGGUGGCCUUAGUGAAUUUUUACGCAGACUGGUGUAGAUUCAGUCAGAUGCUCCAUCCUAUUUUUGAGGAGGCAUCUAAUGUAGUGCGGGAGGAGUUCCCUGAUACCAAGCAGGUGGUUUUUGCUCGUGUCGACUGUGACCAACACUCGGAUAUCGCCCAGCGGUACCGCAUCACCAAGUACCCGACAUUGAAGUUGUUCCGCAAUGGGAUGAUGAUGAAGAGAGAGUACAGGGGUCAGAGGUCGGUGGUGGCCAUUGCUGACUUCAUCCGCCAGCAGCAGGUCGACCCCGUGAAAGAAAUGCAGUCAAUGGAGGAGGUUAACACUCUGGAUAGGUCUAAGAGAAACAUCAUUGGUUACUUUGAGAAAAAGGACUCCGAUAGCUACCACACAUAUGAAAAAGUUGCCAACAUCCUUCGAGAUGACUGCACGUUCUUGGCUGCCUUUGGCGCUGUCUCUGAGUCAGAGCGCUUCAGCGGAGACAAUGUGAUCUACAAACCUGUGGGCGAGAGCGUCCCCGACAUGAUCUACCUCGGCUCACUCACCAACUUUGACCUGACCUACGCUUGGGCCCAGGACAAGUGUGUGCCUCUGGUCAGAGAGAUCACCUUUGAAAAUGGAGAGGAACUGACUGAAGAAGGGAUCCCUUUCCUCAUCUUGUUCCAUGUCAAAGAAGACGCAGAGAGCUUAGAGAAAUUCCAGCAUGAAGUAGCUCGCCAGCUCAUCAGCGAGAAAGGGUCUAUAAACUUCCUACAUGCAGACUGUGAUAAGUUCCGCCAUCCUCUGCUCCAUAUCCAGAAAACUCCAGCUGACUGUCCCGUCAUUGCUAUAGACUCAUUCAGGCACAUGUAUGUUUUUCCUGACUUUAAAGACCUCACUGUUCCUGGCAAAUUGAGACAGUUUGUGUUGGACCUUCACUCCGGAAAGCUUCACCGAGAGUUUCACCAUGGUCCUGACCCCACAGACAGCACGCCUGGACAGGAGGAGACGGGAGGAGAAGUGGCCAGCAGCCCUCCAGAGAGCUCUUUUCAAAAGCUAGCGCCCAGCGAGACUCGCUACACCAUUCUCAGACGGGACCGUGAUGAGCUGUGACCUCUACGGCCUUCCAGUGAUCCUGUGACUCAAUGCCACGCCCCGGGGUCAGGGGGGGGGUUAGGGUUGGGACAGGCCAGCGGGACAGAACAGCAACACCCAACACCCUUACUGAUGAGUGAGAGAUAGAGAGAUGGAGGGGAGGAGGAGGAGGAUGAAGAGGAAGGAGGAGGAGAAGAAGAACAGGAGGAAGAGGUGGAGAAGAGAGGAGUGCGGUCCAUGACACAACCUUGUUGGAAUAACCUAUAUUUUCAUAACUCUUUCACGUACAAUUUUUAUUUUGGAUUAAAAGGAAGGGGGAUAAAGAAGAAAUGUGUGUGGGCAGGGGGUUAGGGGCAUUAGGACAUCAAGAGAAGUGUUUUUACUUUUAUUUUUUGGAGCUUGUAAAUAUGUUUGUGCUACAUGGGAGUCUCAAUGUUGGUCUAAAUUAAAUGCAGAGUUUUCUUUAUUUUAUUCUUUUGUUUUUCAUCACCCUGUUUUUUGUAGGAACAGAAAAACAAACAGUUCCCUCAAUCCAGUUGUACGGUUCUCACCUGUGGGUAGUCCAGCUCAGCCUGUCUGAUAGGAGACACUUAUUUAGUCUCACUGACCUCAUGGCUGCAUCUCAAUAUGACCAACUCUAGUCUAAUUCAUUUGUAUAGCACAAGUUAUGACAAUAUGCCUGUUUGAAGUAGCUUUAUCUCCAUAUCUUCUCCACACACAUGGAGUUCUGAAGGAAUAGAAAACUAUUUUGAAAUACUCGGUAGGGUUAACAUUAUUUCAAACCAUGACUUGAGACAGAAGAUUAAGAGAUAGAGCUACUCCAGCCUAUUGAGAUGCACCCCUUCUCUCCCUGGUACUAAAUGAUAAUAGAUUAUGAUGUCUCUUACAGUGCCUAUAAAAAAUAUUCGCCCGCCCCCCCCCCCCCCUUGAAUCUUUUCAUGUUUUACUUUGCUUUUUUUAAUUUUUAAAACACUGAAUCACAGAGGAUGUAAUUAGAAUUUUUUUGUGUCACCAAUCAACAGAAAACACUAAUGUGAAAGCGAAUGAGCUUUUCGACCAUCAUAUUAAACACUAGACUAACACUGCACAUUACCAAAAACACACCAUCCCCACCAUGGAGCCUGCUGGUGGCAGCAUCAUGCUGUGUUGAGGCUUCUCUGCAGGCAGGCCCUGGGCGGCUUGUGAUGGUAGAAAGGGUCAAAUGGAAGCAGCAAAGAGAAAUACUGAAGGAAAAAAAAACCUUUAAGUACAUGAAUUUAUUUAAGAGGAAGACAUAAACCUCGAGCAUAAAGCCAAAUUAACACAGGAAUGACAAGAAAACAACCAAGUUAAUGUUCUGGAUUGGCUAAACCAGUGACCAAUCCAGAAUUUGCUUGCAUACCUGGAUAAUGGCUUUUUAAUUUUGUAAUUUCUCUGAGCAAAGAAGGAUGGAGGAGUUGUAGUGUCACAGGCCUAUCCUCAGAAGCUCAAGGCUGAAAUUGUUGCCAAACAUGCCUCUUAAGAAGUUUCUUGAAGGAUAUGAAUACUUAAAGAGCCUUUUUCUGUUGAUUAGUGUCUAAAUGUCUUAGUUACAUCCACAGUUAUAAAACAGUAAAAUAUGAAUAGGUCAAAGGAAGACGGGUACUUUUAAUAGGCACAGUAUUUGCCAUAACACCUCUGAGUUGUUUUCCUGGGAAUCAGAGUAGAAGAAAAAUGUUUUGAAAUGGCUUAACAUAUUCUUGAAUUUCUGAAAUGGCUGUUGUUUUUGUUUGUUACCUGUUGUCAAAUGUGUCAUCAUGCUGGGGGAGAAAAGACUGCGUCCUUCCCAGUAUUUAAAAAAAAAAAAAAAGUAGAGAGACAAGAGGGGAAAACCCAUGUGAUGAACGGUGGAAAUUUACAGUCUGCCACUUUAUA